AUGUCCAUUUGGAGAUCCAUCGGGGGAUCUCGUCUUGACCACUUUGCUUUCCUACCCGCCAUUGGCUCUGCGGUGGGAAUUAUUGUGGGAUGGAACAAUUUGCUUUUUGACGGAAAAGUGCUUCAUGUUGGCUCUUUUUGCCUUUCUAUCGAAUUUAUUAAUAAGGCAAACAAUAUUACUUGGGUGUGCACUUCUGUCUAUGGGCCUAAUGCUAGGAACCUGAAACAAAGUUUUUGGAAUGAAAUUCGUUCCUGUCAACCGGGUGGGGGGUUACCUUGGGUCAUUUGUGGGGAUUUUAACUCGAUCUUUGCUUCUUUUGAUAAGUCGAGUGGGGUCACUAAUCGUGAGGACAUUAGAUUAGCUCAAGCUUUUUUAUGUGACCUACAAUUGAUGGAACCCCCGUCCAAUGGGAAUCGGUUUACUUGGACCAAUGGACAGUCUAACCCGAUUUGGGUUAAACUUGAUCGAUUUUUGAUUAACUCUCAUUGGGUCACGUUAUUCCCCAAGGUCUUACAAAACUACCUGCCCAGGCUGGGAUCUGAUCAUGUUCCGAUUAGACUGGAAGUAGGUUUUCAUUUGCCUAGUCCUAGGUCUUUUCGUUUUGAGCAAGCAUGGUGUCUAACUGAUAAUUUCGAUAUGCUCAUCCGGGAGUGGUGGAGCUCUCCCAACCCCUGUGGGUGUGGGGCCUUCAUCUUAGCUAAAAAGAUCACUAGUUUACGGGAGAAUCUUAAGACCUGGGCAAAAUUUGAGUUCGGAUCCAUCAAGUUGAAAAAACUUGGGAUUUUACAUGAGAUGGAUGUAUUGGAUCGCAUCAGAGAGACUCGUUCUCUCACUCCUGUUGAGAUAAAUGCUGAGGUCCACCUGAGGACAGAGUUAGGGGCGAUCCUUAAGCAGGAGGAAACCUAUUGGAAGCAAAGGGCUAGGAUGACUUGGUUCAAAGAGGGGGAUGAAAAUACUAAAUUCUUUCAUUUAGUCGCAAAUGGGAGAAGAAAUCGAAACUUUAUUCCGUGGGUUUUGCGGGAUAAUGUUCGGGUGGAAGACUUUGAGGGUAUUGGAAGAACAUUCACUUCUUUUUAUCAAAACCUUUAUGGCACGGAGCAGACUUAUAGACAUCGGAUUAACUGGACAACACUUUUGGGGAGCAAGGGUAUGCAUAAUUUGUCUAACCUGGAUGCUCCCUUCACUCUGGAGGAAAUUAAAGUGGCGGUAUUUGGGAUGAGGGCUGAUAAGGCACCAGGCCCGGAUGGUUUUCCUAUGUUGUUUUUUCAGAAAUUCUGGGACAUUGUUAAAGGCGGACAUUUUUUUACUCGUGAAGAUUUUUCUUUCGAGGGCGUGCCAACCUUGAAAGGAUUAAUUGGUCAAAUAUUGCCUGAUUGCAAAAAGGCCUUUGACUCUGUUGAUUGGGGCUUCCUCCUGGAGCUGUUAAGGGCAAGAGGGUUUGGUGAAAGAUGGAUUGGUUGGGUUCGAACUAUCUUGGCCUCUUCUAAGGCUAAAUUCCUCGUCAACAACGCUCAAUGUGGUUAUGUCCGCUUUCGUAGAGGGCUAAGACAGGGGGAUCCUCUCUCCCCUUUGUUAUUUGUGCUUGUGGUGGAUGUUUUGAGCUCAAUGUUUAAUCAUGCCCUUAACACGGGGAUUCUGCAUGGGAUCCCACUUGGGGGUUCUGGGGUCAAAAUGUGUCACCUACAGUACGCUGAUGAUCUCUUGGUCAUGUCUACUGGAGGGGCGGAAGAUCUUAGGAUUAUCAAAUUGAUCCUUUAUGUGUUUGAGGGGCUUUCUGGUCUAGCGAUCAAUUCUGAAAAGACAUGUCUUUAUACCUCACAAAAGAAUCUUGAACCUCAGGCUUUCCUUGCUAGGACGCUCCACUGUUCUGUUGGCGUUCUCCCUUUGACCUAUCUUGGGAUACCUAUCUCUGGGGGAAAGCCGCGGAAGCAGGACUGGGAUAUCUUGAUCAAUAAGGUUAGAUCCAGACUGGAAAUUUGGAAGUCCAAAUUUCUAUCUUUGGGGGGAAGAUUAACGCUGUUGAAUUCUGUCCUUAUUGUCAUUCCCACCUAUUGGAUGUCCUUAUUCAAGCUGCCUUGUUGGGUGAUUAGGAGCAUUGAUAGAAUUAGGAGAGACUUCCUCUGGUCUGGCCCAGACUUGCAUCAUCCUAAGAUUCUCUUAGUUAACUGGGCAACAUUGUGUCGAUCUAGAGAGCAAGGGGGUUGGAAUAUUCUCAAUUUGGAAGUGUUUAAUAAUGCCCUUCUCGGUAAGUGGUGGUGGAAGAUCAUUCUGGGGGCUAGAUGGUGUGGGGCCGAGAUUUUUAGAGAAAAUUAUUUUGGUAGCAGGCCAACCUGGAAUCUUUUCCAUAAACAGUAUUGUAGAAGAUCGGUCUUCUGGAAUGGUAUCCUCAAAAUCUUACCUGCUUUCUGGAAAAACAUUUGCUCUCUGGUUAAAGGGGGAUCUACCACUCUAUUCUGGCUUGAUAACUGGGUGGAGGGUCGUGCCCCUGCUGACAUCUGGCCCCAUUUGUUCCUGUCCUCCAGGGACAAGGAGGGCACGGUCAGGGAUUUGUUUAAUGGGGGGUUGACCCUCCCUUUCGGGAACUUCUCUCGGGAGGGUAGUCAGAUUACUUCUCUUUGCCUUCAGAAUUGCGCAAUUAAAGAUGAUCGAAGUUGGGGGCUCUCUUCUAACGGGGUGUUCUCCGUCAGAUCCUUCUAUCAUUUCUUGAAUGAUGGAGGGCUCCGUUGUAGAUGGACUCCCUCCAUUCUCAAGGGUUGCUGCCCCAGGAAAAUUAAUCUUUUUAAUUGGUUGGUUUGGGACAACAAAAUUCUUACCCUACAAAACCUUGCGAUUAGGAGAUUUACUGGGCGGCCAUCGCACCCCUUUUUCUCUGAUGGAUCUGUGGGGGAAUUGGCGUUCCCAGCUCCUGAUUCGAAGAAAGCUAAACUGGAGGAGCCAAGCAGCAAACUCAGGAGAAGCCUUGAUUUCCUCUCCUCUCGUGACUUGGAGCAGGGGGCUCAGUCCGAUCCGGUUCCUCCUCAGUUGAGGUUGUUGGGGUUUUCCGAUGAGAAUUCAGUAAUAUGGACAUCGGGCUCCGCGUCAUCUUCACUCAUGAAGGCUGCCACAUUAGCAAGAUGGGAAGAAAAUGGAAAGAAGAUGAUGAGAACAGAGGAUGAAGAGGCUGAUGUGGUAGCUGACAUGGAGCAGAAGUGCACAUGUGGAAAAAUUACUAAUGUGGUAGCCUUCACGAUUGAAGAUGACAUGGAGUCUAGUGCCUAG